ACUGCGUUUUGCAAGCUACGGGUAGACGUCUUGAUUGGAUCAAAUUAUUCCACACUUUUUCUUUGUGUUUGUAUGAUUCCAUUGCGCCACAGACAGAAGGACCGCUUUCCCUCCAGUGCGUAAGUGAACCACAUUUUUUGGUGAUCUAUUGAGUGGAGGCAAGUUCAUUUUUGACCUAACUUCUGAGUUCUUGGAUUACUUGGUGGGGGGCCAAGGGACCUGGCAAUGGGAGCGUGCCUUUGCUGUGCCUCGUACAUUUUUACAGCCUGGUGCCAAGGGACAACAACAACAUGGGAAGCGGUAGUAGUCGUGGAAAGAAGGUUGCACCUGGGAGUGUCAACGAGAUAAACGCAUUCAAAGGAGAUGACAACACAGUCCAUGUUUCGAAAGAGGAAAGUCACUUGUUCAAACCAUUGAAUAUACACAAAUUGACGAACUUCAAUCAGUCACGAAACAUAACGCAACAACUGGACUGCCACAGUGAAGGACACGACUCGGAAUUUUCAGCAGAGGAUGAUGACGUUGAUAUGGAACUGGACCGGGUUCUAGAGGAAUAUGACAAUCGGGAAUUGCGUUCCAAAAGGAAAACUUUUGAAAAGACGCUUUUAAUCGGGUCAGACACGUAUGGAUUCUGUAAUUCCAAACGGGUCCACAAUGAAAGCGAUUUCAAUUCAACCCCUCACUUGCAGAGUUCUGAGUUGUCGGAAGGGACGGGGGCACAUUGUCCUUAUAACGGUUCUGUAGGAGUCAUCAACAAGGGCAAGCAUGUCUUUCACCACAUUUCCAAAGAUACACACAUUCAGUUCCCAAGCGCCACUCAGGAAAAUGACUUCUUGACAAAGGGAACUUGGGUGGAAUCAGUGCCUCGCUCAGAAUCAGACUCAGUCCCUGAUGAUAGCCAUGGCCCCUCUCUUUCCACGCCCGUUGUCCUGUAUGAUGGAUCAGAAGUGGACCUGAUGGAGACCAUAGAGAGAGAGUUUAGUUGACCCCACAGGAGAGACUGGUGGCAACCUGCUCACAUUUCCUGCAUUCACUUUUGGAGAAGCACAUUGCUCAUUUUAAAGAUGUACUAUAUUGCUCAAAUUCUAAUAGUUUGCUUAAUUUCAGUUUAUGUGUCAAAACAAGCAAGUUUAGUGUAAGGAAUCAUUGUACCGUCUAAAUCGCUGUGAAAUAUAUUUACGAUAACCAAAAAUAUAGUAUUUUCAGCUGUUUGAAGCUGGUGUACAAAACCGCAAGAAAAAUAUGCAAAAACUGGGAAGCAUAGAAGCAUAGAAUUGGAGCACAUAGAACAGAUCUACCACUCCUUAGACUUGCUUCCCGAUGACAAUAACAGAUCUACAAUAACAGAUCUACACAUUUCUAUGUGAAUUUGGUCGGGUCCCCCCAAAAUGCAGGACAACUUUUGAACCAAGGAGUUGUUGUUUUUUUGUUAUGAAUUGAUGAUAGGUGCUGUAGCAGUCAGUUGAAAAACAAUACUGCAUUUGCAGCACCAUGCAGGGCACCCACCGUCAACUAAUUUACUAAACUAUGAAUUUUCUCCAUGGUUAUGUCUCUCAAUGGCUAAUAGACAGAACCAUCAAUUUACAUGUGGAAUUCAACAUCAAAUCGGACCACAAAAAUGCUGAGGGAACAAUUCUUUCCACGGUCUUAUAAAUAUUUGUCAUUGAGCAAUGUACUUGUGGUUUUGUAUUCUUACUGUUGCAUAACUUUAGAAUAAAAGAGCUGAAGGAUGUUGCACUCAUUUCCACAAGGCUUAUGGGCAUGCUAUACUAGUAGAAGGAAAGUCAUAUUUCUGCAAUAUAACAACAAUUUGCAUGUCUGCCUGCCUGUUACAAAAUAACCCGGUUAGCAAUAUGCAACAUUUAUUACGCUAUUGCUUCGCUUCAUCUAUUGCACAGUUAGUUCGGAUAUGAUAUAUUAUUGUGACAGGAAAUAACAGAUUUGCAUGCAAAUCUCUUGGAUAUUGGUGGCGCUCCGCCCCACCUGCCUCACGUGAUGGAUCGGCAGCAGGGUUUUAGAGGAGCUCGAUGUGGCCCCUUUUUUGGCAACUCACUUUCCACUGAAAGAGAGAAAUCCAGUCACAGAUCUUCAGUUCUACUACCCCACUGUGGUGAGAUACUGGAAUUGCAUCUGCACACAUAUCCAUUUACACACAAUAUAUUGAAUUGGAACAGUGAUAUAUGUGUUGAAUUUCGCUAUGUCCCAUCCACAAUGUGAUAUUUCAAUAGUGGCUUCAUUUCAGAUUGUGACAUUCACUCCCUCAAUGGUUGAGGUUUGCAAUGUAAUAUUUCGUAGUAAAUGAUGGCCAACAGGAUGUACUAAAUACUCUUUAUUACAUCUGUCCUCUUGUAUUUCAAUCUGCGUAUAUGUUCUAAUAAUGAAAAUGAACAUUUUACAACACAGAUUUACAUAGUCCAUAAAUCCCAAGUAGGAUGAACUUCCGAGUGGUGCAGCUCUCUAAGGCACUGCAUCUCAGUGCUAGAAGCAUCACUACAGUCCCUGGUUUGAUUCCAGGCUGUAUCACAACCAGCUGUGAUUGGGAGUGCCAUAGGGCGGUGCACAAUUGGCCCAGCAUCGUUAGGGUUUGGCCGGGGUAGGCCGUCAUUGUAAAUAAGAAUUUGUUCUUAACUGACUUGCCUAGUUAAACAAAACAUUUAAAUGAUUUAUUAUACCUCACAUGGAACGAUUUGAAUAAAUAAAUAAACUAGCUAUGGCUAUUA